UGGGAAUGUAUUAUGCUUUCUCUGCCUCUCUUUUCGCUUCAAGGUCCUCAAAAUCAAAAGAUUUCCAGAAAUUUACGACGCCAAUUUAAUUUGAUUUAUUUACGAGUUAUGUGACAUGUUUAAUUAGAGCAUACUCUUCCACGGGACUGGUAUUCGCGGACACAUUGAGCAUUACUAUUAGUAAUUCAAUAUUGAAUAUUGAGUGAAAGUGAAACUUGCAAAUUCAACAAUUGUUUUUGACAUAAUCGAGUAGGUGGAUAGAGGGACUAAUGAAUUGUAUAUACUGUGUUAUAUGUAAACAUUGAUCAUGGAUAAGGAAACCCCGAUUACCAAGUAUUUGGCGACAUUGGAGCGUCGUCAGGCCCAACGAGAGCGAGAUUUAAUGUUCGGCUCCCCAUCAUCGGGAGGAUCCCCAGAUUCUCCACUAAGUACGGUAAACAUUCGACAACAACUUCGCUUCGACGAUGAAACUUUCCUUCAGCCGCACGACCAGACCGUCCUCCCAUUUUCAUCUCCUCCUCCACCACCACCUUCCAGAGACCAUCAUCGACAUUUACUUCCCAUCACAACUAACACAAGGCCCACCUCAUCGGGGUUUUCCCUCGCAAAUAUUAGGAACGACAAUAUAACUUCUUCCUCCUCUUCCUCCACAACGAAAAGGAAGAGGUACUCGUUUGAAGAUAAGGAAGAGGAUGAAGAUUACAUUAAAAAAAUUUGUGAGCUUCAAAAGCUUCUUCGACAGACGAACGGAGAAUUGGUGGAGGCAAGAGCAACGACGGCCAAAUUGGAGCACCAGAAAAUGGACUUGCGGACAGAGAGUUAUGAGAAACAACUUAACUAUGAAAGAUCCAUGAGCGAAAACAGAAUUAAAUGUCGCGACGCUGUAGAAAAAGCAGAGAUGUUACAAAAAGACAACGAUUUAAAAACAAAGAAAGUGGAUGAAUUAAUAGGCGAGUUGCGGCGACAAUCUGCACAGCACACGGAAAAAAUAUUGGCCAUGGAAAGCAAAGUUUCACAACUGAGUUGCGAAAAUAUUGAACUGAGGCGACAACACGACGAGGAGAAAAUGAAUCAGUCUGAUUCAAUGAGAAAAAUGACGAUUACCCUUCAAGAGUCUGAGCAAGGUUCGGAAAAAUGGACCAUGGAAUGUCAGAUAUUGAAAGAUCAACUUGCAUUAAAAGAAACUCAGUUGGCCAAGUAUAUGGAAGAAAUCAAAGAGUCACAAAGUAAAAUCUUCAAAUGUAACGAACGAACUGAAAAGCUAAGCGAACUAGAUUCUACAGAUGCCAAACUGCAUUCUCUGCAAGAAGAUGUUAAGAAAUAUGAAAAUCUUUUCGUUAAAGAGCAGUGCGACAAUGUGAAAAUGUCCAAAUUAUUAGCCAAAUUAACUGAAGAAAAUGGAUACUUGAAAGGGUCCAUGAACAAAGAAAUGCUUCUGGAAGAACAAGUGUCUUCUCUGGAGACGGAAGUACGAUAUCUGCGGAACGUGGCAAAGUCCAAAGCAGAAAUUGAAGUGGAAAGGGACAGCAUGAAAGAAAAACUCAAACAAUGGCUUGCAGUCGCCAUUGGAAUGGAUUCUCAGUUGACGAGCCCACACAGCUUUACUGUCUUUCUAAGCCAAAUGCAGACCCAAUUGGUUCAAAUGCGGCACGAAAACACAACGUUAAGUUGCAGGAUUGAUAACCUAAAUCGAGACAUCAGUCGUCUGCAGUCUGAUACCAAUAAUGCAAGGCGAAGUGAAAAUGAAAUGAAGAACGAAUGUGCAAAACUUGGUUCUGAAGUUAAGCAACUUACUCGUAAGCUCACACUGGUGACCAAGGACCGUGAUGGGUUAAAAUCACUUAAAGAAUCAUAUGAGCAAGAGCUAGAAGGAAUUAUCUCCACUGCUUUAAAGGAACGUGUUCACCAAUUAGAAAACCUAGUUGUUGAAUAUGAACAAGUCAUCAAUGAAGAUCCGGCCACCGCCAAGACAAAAUGUUUCGAGUGUGACAAGCGGAUUGCGUUAAUUUCAGAGCUUCGAUCAGAAUUGGAAAAGGGAAAAGCUUACUCCCACGAUGCUUCUAGCUUUGGUAACACGACUUUCGGUGGGGACGGAAAUACGACCGGAAUAAAAAUAGUUGCAUUUGGAAAUAACCCUUCUGCUUUGUCCAUGGAAGCCAGGGUGCAAGAGCUUUGCAGUGAAAAUGACAAACUCAAAACCAGAAUAAUGCAGUUAGAAAACCAGUCGAUGAUUGGUCACAAUGAUACUGUCGUUGCACAAGGGAACAAAAUUAUGGAAGAGCAAAUUCGAACGUUGGAGAGAAAAAACCAAAUUCUAUCAGAAGCUUAUGACUAUGAAACACAACAGCUUCAGACAGCACUUAGCAAAUUGUUCGGAUUCCACGUUAUCCUUGUUCGUGAACCGCAAUCACAGUUUAGAUUGCAAAGUGUUUAUGGCACGGGUCAAGAGGACGAAUUAGUAUUUCAAGAAGCAGAAAAUAGCGACAUGAUGUUGUUAGAAACCCCUGUUCUGGACCAUUUUAGAGACGAUAUUGACCGUUUUCUACUUCGAGAAGGUUCCAUCCCUGCCUUCCUUGCGACAGUCACAAUUGCAUUUUCUCAAGGACAACUUCAGCCAUCCGAUGCUAGUCAACUCCCAGGUAGCCAGCAAAGCAGUGCUGCUGAUUCAGGUGAAACACUCACCAUUAAUCCGAAUCAACCUCAUCAUGGUGGGAAAAUUGUGGAAGUGCAAGUAGAUGGACAAAGUGACCAAGAAAGUGAAGUGGCUGAUGAUGAUGAUGACGACGACGGAGAGGAGGUCGACGAAGAAGAGGAAGUGGGUCAUGAAGAGGAUGACGAUGAGAGCGAGUAUGAAAAUGUCGACGAUGAUGAGGAUGACGACGAGGACGAAAGACCCGAUGACGAUUUUGAGAAUGAUGGAGAAGAGGACAGCGACAACGACAUUGUAUGCAUUGAAAGCGAUUAGUUGAUUUGUAAUAAAUCAAAAUCAUGCUCAUUUGUUAAAACCCAUUUUAUGUAAAUUAUUUUUGCACCCGUGUAAUAUACGAGUAUUUAUCUUGCCUUUUCGUGUCAAAUUAUAAAUAUACAUAAAUAAAUUAAACAAAAUGAAAUUAAAAUACUUGAAUUAAUUAGGGAAUCAAUGUCGUCGUUUAUUCAGAGUUUUAAACUUGAGAACUGAUACAAAUUACAUAUGUUAUUUGAGUACAACUUUGUGAAAUUAAAGCUGGUGUUUUAUAACUA